UCCGCUUUGGUAGUAGUGUCAACAGAGUGGGAGUAGAGGAACCUGUGAGAAGAUUUACUGUGAUGGAUAACUAUAUUUAAUGCUGCAUCAGAAGGAAAUUUCAGAAGUCCUCCUUCCUAGCUCCAGCUGGAUUGUGUGGCCAAUUAACCAUAAUGGAAUUUUUAAGAAGACUUUUGCAAAGCAUGGGUAUUCUUACCAACAGUAAAAUCGAGGACAAAAAUGAUUACCCUUCAGCUGGUACGUUUGUACCUGUUGAUUACCAUGAGUAUCUGGACAAAAACUUUCAUGUGUUUUGUAAAGGUGACCAUGUUGCCUAUGAGGUGUACGAUCCUAGAUUUCAGGAAACUUACAAUACAGAACCAAGAGACUCUAAUGUGAUACAGCUUACUGAUUCAACAGAUGCUGUGUAUGUCCAUACCAUAAUACUGGGUGAGGUGCAAGAGGAGAUAGACAGAGGGAAGGAAAAACCAGCAUUAUUAAGAAAAUAUGAAAUUGAUCUCGGAGGAAAUAGAACAGCUACAGUGCCUGCUACAAAGCUGUACAGGUUCUUAUUUGAAGAAGAGGAGACUAUUGCCUCAAGAGAACAUGUAGAUAAUUAUACACCAUUGCCACAUGAUUCAACGUCAUAUGAAGAGAUUCGUCUUGCUCUGAAAGAAGCAAAGCUGCUGCCAAAGGAAGAAGAUAGAAUAUGUGCGUGUAAGCGAUUGGUAUUAAAGGGGCACGUGGAUCACAAGGAAAGCUUUAGUUGUUUUGUGAAGGCUCUGGCAGAAAACAUUUUAGAUGAAGAGAAAUUAGACAAACUAUUUAGGGCAGACAUUGCAAAACAGAUGGAUGUAGUUGAACAACAAGGAUUGAAUGAUAAAGAUGAAGUUGAUGCUUAUCCCAAAGAGUCGCAGCCUGUAAGGGGACAAGGAGUGCCUUGGACAAUCAUUGGUAAUAAGCGAGGAUGUCAAAGAGGCCUGCGGAGAACUUGUGGAAUGUGGACUGUUGGAUGCAACCCACAACGUUCAGAAGGGCUGCGUUGGUUUCGCCAGGCGCAGGCAGAUCUGCAGACAGCAAUGUCAGCUAUGGGAAGUUACUCUCAAGGAUUUAACUGGAUUUGUUUUCUGUGUCAUCAGGCCGUUGAGAAGGGCCUCAAGGCGGUUUUGUACUACAGAGAUGCAAACAAGUGCUCUCUCAACAGUCACAGCCUUGCUGAGCUGUCCUCUCGCAUCAGUGAUCAACCUUUAACUGACAUGGCCAAGAACAUAGAGACUCUUGUGGGUCAGCACACAAUCAUGAGGUACCCAGAUUUGCUGGAGUUUCCACACAUUCCAGCAGAAGUCUAUAAUGCAGAGCAUGCACAUAAAGCAUGCUGUCUAACUAAGACUGCUUUGCUGAGAAUAUCUCACUUAUUACAAUAAGUGGUAAAAAUGUUUUUAUGGCCUUAGUGAUGACAGAAAAAAGGAGGAUUAUCCUUUCUCUUUGUGAUAAUUUCUCAAAUCUGCACUCCCUGUCACUGCUUUGCUAGGUUGUUUCUAAUCACAAGUAACUGCGUUAUUUAAUUUGCAAGUGGGAGUCAACAGAACACUGUAUUUUUAUUGUGCAUGGAGUAGUAACUUAAUUGUGAGUACCUGUUGGUUAAUUUUAAUAUAUCACAUAUUCACAUAUCUACAUACCUAUAACCAAUCAGUCAUCGCCGCUAGUGUGACACAGUCCCCCAACCUCUAGAAUUCAUUCCUUAUUUGAAUUUACCCGUGCCGGCCUAUAAUAAGAGUUGUAUUACCGAAAACAGAGCCAACGCUAUACAUUUUCUGACCGCAUUGUCGUGUCCCUUCCUUACCUGAAUUGACCUGCAUCUGAUUAUAAUAAUAAUAAGAGUUGUAUUACAGGAAUCGGAGCCAGCGCUACACGCCCCUUGAUUAUCGCCUAAUUCUAGUUCCCAAUCCCACGUUGUUUUGUGACCAUAUCCGAAGACACUUUUACCUCACCCAGAGUUUCUCCUGUUUCUUUCUUUUUGGUAGUCAUAAUGAAAGAAAUUUGGUUCAUUCCAUCUGCGCCUCACCCACCAUGGAGUCUAACAAGGGGAUGUGACCGAGAAGUACCACUUAGGGCAUUUCAAGGAUACAGAAUAUACUCUUGGCUUUUGGAAAAGAAAACUAGAUGUCCCUAGCCGCAGCCUUAUAGCAUUGGCAGAACAGGACUUUAUUUUGGUGGAUACUGAUUUUUUAAAAUUCUAUGGUUUUUGCCAUGAAAUCGCCAAUGUUUUGUGGCAGAAAGAUGAAUUGUGAUGUUUAAUAUCUGCAAUCUUGGUGCUCUAAUUAAAUUAUUUCAUUUGUGAUUACAGUGUAUUUCUAUAGGGAAUAGAUGAUGCAAAGUGGCCAUUGAGUUUAUGAAAUAAAUUUUCUUUAAAUUAUGACGAAAGCAGGGCUGAUCUGAGUUUUCAUUCUGGUCGAGGCUCUGCUUUGGCGCGAGACUGACGACAGCCGACGUAGCACCCAAACUGUCCAGUAUAAAUAGCAGGCAAAAGUCAGUGCUUGGACCUGUUGACCGAAAGGCAGCUGGUUCUGCUUGUAAAAGCAGUAAAACUUUGGUUCUCAGUACGUGAGAAGUACAAAUUUGCCGCAAGGUGUUUUGGUCCCUCUGGAAAGCGACUCACGUCAUUCAAGCCCCACUUUCCACACCUCAGGGAGCUAGGUACUAGAUUUUAGUAGACUAGGUAGGUUAGAAUAAAUAUAGUAGUUGCACGUGUAAAUUAUGUAAAUAAAUCUAUGUCUGAACUUAUUUACCUGUGUGAGCAUGUCAGUCCGAACGAAUGCUAACGUGUGGUACGUAUGUCAUCGUCAUGUGAAAUAGAUGAACGUAUAUCAUUAGAGCAAAAGAGAUUUGCGAUGUCCGUAUUGUGACAGCAGCAGAGAACACAUAUGAAGAUCUGUGGAGUUGACUUACCGAAGAAAAUACACUUUUGUCUGGUAAAAAGCAGGGUCUUUGGUGGAUUCCAAGGUCGGCGGAGUGCGGGUGUGUAUUGGAUGAAAAAAACCACAACGUGAAGUAUGGAUUAGACAACGCACCCGACGAACGAGACCUAGAAUUUUAGCGGAAAAUUCUCCUUGGAAACUUCCGCCAUCUUCUGCUGCGUUCUGUAUAUUUCAUAUCCCACGUCGACGGCAGCUACUACACACUUUCAAGAGAAACGGACGCAGCACUGGGGUUUCUCAGAACUUGUAUAAAGUUAUUUAACAAAACUUUAUAGUAAAGAGCGAAGAAAAAACAGUUAGGACCGUCCACCUCAAAGGAACAAUGGAGGAGAGGCGGCUUCAGGUGCUGGACCUAAUCAUCUUUACCUUGAUGUUGGUCAUUUCGGCCGGAAUCGGCAUCUUUUACAGCUGCAGAGGCGAUAAGCAGAGAACAACGAAUGAAUUUCUUAUGGCCAAUCGGAGUAUGAGUGUCGUUCCCGUUGCCAUCUCCAUUCUGGUAUCUUUCGUCUCCGCCAUCUUGGUCCUGGGCACCCCAGCCGAGAUGUACGUCAACGGCACCCAGUACACGCUGUACGUCGUCGGUGUUGUGCUUGCCGUUAUCGUCGCCAAUCUUAUCUUUGUUCCGCUGUUGUACCCGCUGAGACUGACAAGCAGCUUCGAGUAUUUAGAGAAGAGGUAUAAGUCUCGACCAGCAAGACUGACGGGAACUGUUAUUAUGGCAGUACAACAGGUUAUUUACAUGGGAAUAUCAUCUUAUGCGCCUUCCACUGCACUAGAAGCUGUGACUGGAUUCCCGGUGUGGGCAACAGUUCUCAUCAUUGGCGUCGUGGCUACGUUCUAUACAGCAAUUGGAGGAAUGAAGGCCGUGGUGUGGACAGACGUGCUUCAGUCGUUUGUCAUGCUGGCCGGACUGCUGGCCAUCGUCAUUAGGGGAGUCAUUUCUGUUGGAAGCAUGAGCAAGGUUUGGAAAAUCAACGAAGAAUGGGAACGAAUACAGUUCUUUGACUUUAACCCAGAUCCCACCCAACGCCACUCCUUCUGGUCUCUCAUCGUGGGCAGCAUGGUGUUGUGGACAGGGAUCUACGGGUGCAACCAGGCGAGCGUGCAGCGGUACUGCGCCCUGCCGUCGCUCAGGAAGGCCAGAAUAUCUGUACUACUAAACAUCAUUGGAAUGCUUGUACUGUAUCUGAUCACUUGUGUGGCUGGAAUAGUAGUCUUCGCCUAUUACGUAAAGAAGGACUGCGACCUUACCUCCCGCCAGAUUGGAAACUCGAAUCAGUUGAUCCCUUACUUUGUGAUGGAGGUGCUGAAUGUCGAUGGACUUCCGGGACUCUUCAUCUCCUGUCUUUUUGGUGGCGCUCUCAGCUCAGUGUCUUCGAGUCUCAACGCUUUGGCCGCCAUUACAUGGGAAGAUUUCCUGAAACCGUCUCUGGGAGACCGUCUGACGGAGAGGCAGAAAACUUGGGUCACUAAAGUGCUAGUUGUAGUCUACGGCGCCUCUGGCAUCGGAAUGGCGUUGAUGGCUCAGGGGCUGGGCGGUACGGUUCUACAGGCCUCCCUCAGCUUCAGCGGUGCUGCGACAGGGCCUCUUCUGGGUCUGUUUCUCAUGGGUGGCAUCUUCCCUUGGGCCAAUGGCAAGGGUGCAGUGGUUGGAGGAAUUCUGGGACUAGUUCUACCCAUGUGGAUAAGUAUCGGUGCGUACAGUCUGCCUAAGCCUCCAGGUGGACUGGCCUUUCCCACCAACAGCUGCAUCCCAAGAAAUGCUACUGUCAUGGCAACACAACUAACAACUAUUGGCAGCUCAGGGAUAAAUACAACAGCUACACCCAGUCCUCGUUAUCACUUCACAGGUAUAGAAAAGUUGUACACCUUGUCCUAUUUGUGGUACCCAUCCAUCGGCACAGUUACGGCAAUGGUCAUUGGACUUCUCGUCAGUUUGAUGACAGGCCCCAUGAGUGUGGACGAGGUGGAUCCCAAGUACCUUAUUCCUAUCUUUGAUCGUCUUUUCUGCUGUCUUCCGAAAUCUUGGCUCGCUUUUCUCCACUUUAACAAAAAAUACCAGGAUUCCAAGGACGUAACAGCAGAGAAAUGUUCGGGCCUAAUGACGUCACGCCGGCGGCUGAUGAUGUCAUCAAGGAGCGACUUGACCUCGUCGGUGAGACGAAUCGCGAAACGUCAAACCACGGUGAACUUUGUGACCUCGGUAGCAGGUCGUUGGAAAAGACGCCGCCAGUCUCAGUAGUGAAGAUAGCUACAGAUAAAGAAAAGUCAUCUGGAUGAACAGAAGACUUGUGUUGACAGAGCGACAAACAGCGUCCAUUGGUGCAUUGUCAUCUUUGUUUUGCAGUCUGCCAAACUGCCUUUUGUAACCCACAUACAUACAUAUCCAGAAAAGCAAACGUUGUCCCGUUUAUAAUGUAAACUAUUUUAUUACAUCUUUCUAUAAAAAAGAGUAAAAGAAUGGGUCCGUGUCAUUUAUUCUCGCCCGAUAAAAAAGUAAUAUGGAAUUAAUAGUCUGAACCGAUAAAAUCUCAUGUUUACUAGUCUUAAUCUCAAACUGCACCGAGUCGUCUUCUAGUAGAAGGUCUUCGAAGCAGCUUUGUUAUUAUAUCGAUUCUAGAUUGACAAUAUCUCCAUAAAAAUGAACGAGGUUGGUUUAGCAUUUAAUGUGAUUGGCGAAUGCUCGACGUAGUAAGUGCUUCUUUCCAGUUAAGGCUUUUGCAGCAAAGAAUGCAAAUCACAAAACAACAAAGAGUCUUCAUAAAAAGUAUAUUUAUUUUAAUAAGAAAAUUCGCAAAAGUCAACUGUGCCAAUAAAACCAGCGCCACCCAUUACAAUAAAAACAAAAUUACAAAAAUCACUAGCAACUGACUAGAACCAUUAUUGCAAUAAGCUCAAAACUCCAGGUCAAGGUGGGAAAGUGAAGACUUUUUUCGUUAUUCCUUUAGUGGCAUUGGUACGAGAUAAUGUGCUUUAUUAAACAACAUAUAAAAGAGAAAUAUAGAAAAUACAUGCUGUGACUGAUAUUCAGGUGGAUACACAUAUCUCAAUUGUAUGUUAUAAAAAACUACUAAUUCUGUCUCACAUUUCAAUUUAUGGUAUGCAACAUCUGCAUGUCCAAUGCGUUUGAAAAAUAAAUCGCUCAAAGCAGUUUUGCGACACCAAAAGUUAAAAUUAAAAGUUGUUGCUUACACCCGUAUUGGCUUAAGGGACAGUACUAUCUCUCUUGUUUUUCGUUUCCCUUGUAAACGGCGAAGUGUAAACACAGAAAUGAAGUCUGCGCCAUAAUAACAUUUGCAGACGACACCGGACUUAGGGACUGAUUUCCAACGAUGACGAUUCCUACUCCAAACUGGAGACUGAUCACUUUGUUGUAUGUUGUGAUGAUAAUUAUUUAGAAUUGGAUGUUAAAACAAACAAACAAACAAAAAA